AUGAUGCAGGAAUGUUGGAAUGUUGGUGUUCCUUUUCUCUUCUUCUUUGUGGCAUACUCAAGCCCACCUGCAAACCCCAUUAGUUGUAGUUUCAAAGGAAGAAAUUGCAUUGUUGCCAACUCCUAUGGAGCUUUUUCAGAUAGAGCGACUUGUGUAUCGUCUCUGGUGGUAUACCCGACCACAGAGGAUGAAUUACUAUAUGUGGUAUCUGAAGGAACACAUGCGAGGCAGAAGAUGCGAGUGGUGACACGAUUCUCGCAUAGCAUGACAAAACUGGCAUGUGCUGAUGGGGAGAACAGUAGACUGAUCAGCACGGAGUAUCAGAAUAAGACUCUAAGCAUUAAUAAAGACGCUAUGACGAUAACUGUUGAGAGUGGUGUGUCCCUACGCCAACUCAUCGAGGAUGCUGCAAAAGCUGGACUCGCAUUGAGAAUGGCACCAUACUGGUGGGGAUUAACGGUUGGUGGGAUGAUGUCAACGGGAGCACAUGGUAGUUCUUGGGAAGGUGGACAUGGGGGAACUGCUUUUCAUGAUUACGUCACCGAGAUGCGGAUUGUUAACCCUGCUGCUCCAGAUGAAAGAUAUGCAACCGUUAGAAUUAUCAAUGGCAAUGAUCUUAUCGAGUUAGACGCCUCCAGAGUCUCUCUUGGCGUAUUUGGUGUCAUAUCUCAGGUGACAGUUCAAUUGGAGUUGAUGUUCAAACGAUCAAUUACCUAUAUGACCGUUAAGGACACUGAUCUUGUAGAGACGAUUGAGAGGCAUGGAAGGAGGUAUGAGUUUGCUGAGUUGACGUGGUACCCCAGCCUAGGAAAACUCGUUUACCGGAUGGAUGAACGGGUUUCAAUGAACAUCUCCGGGAAUGGUUCAUACAAUUACAUAUUUUUCACAGCCAAGCCCUCAGAUUAUCUUGCUUUCGAAAGAUCAAGAGAGGAAGAGAUGGAAUUGCAAAGGAAAUCAGAGAAGAUCUGCACACUGGCGCAUGAUGUUACAUCUUCACUAUCUUAUAUACCAUAUGGUUUGACGAAUAAUGGUACGACUUACGAUGGCUAUCCAGUGAUUGGAAAACAAAGCGAUAUGAUGUCAUCAGGAGGAUAUCUGGAUAGCAAAGAAGAUGGAUUGGCCACGGUUUGUCCAUGGGACUCUCGUGUAAAAAGCCAGUUCUUUCACAAGACCACGUUCACCAUACCUGUUGAGAACGUAAAAGGCUUCAUAACCGACAUCAAGAGUCUGGUGAAGAUCGAACCGAAAGCUCUUUGCGGUCUCGAUUUGUACAAUGGCUUCUUGAUCCGCUAUGUUCAAGCCUACUCUGCCUACUUGGGAAGCAAAUUUGAGGGUGUCGAAUUUGAGUUUACUUACUGCAGAAGCAGAGACCCUCUGAUUCCUCGAAUGCACCAAGACUUUUUGGAGGAGAUCGAGCAGAUGGGUUUGUUCAAGUACGGCGGGCUUCCACAUUGGGGUAAGAACAGAAAUGUUGCAUUUAUCAAUGUCGUUGAGAAGUACAAGGACGCCGCACUGUUCUUGGAGGUGAAGAAGACGUUUGAUCCUUUAGGACUGUUUUCGAGCGAAUGGACGAAUGCAGUUUUGGGCUUGAGAGGCAAUGUUACUGUUGAUACGGAAGGCUGCUGGCGCAGCCUAACCGUGAUAAAGUUCAAGGUUCCUUGA